UUUGGAGAAAAAUCCCGUGAAUUAGCUAGUGUUUUGGCCAAUUUUUGGAAGUUGGAGUUACUGUUCACGUCGUGGUUCCUGAUCGUUCUGUCAGUUAGCACCGAGAUCGAGUAUUCGGUUUUAUGCAAGUGAGGUAAGUAAAUUUAUGGUAAUGCCCAUACAGUUUUUAAAAGCAUGUUUUGAUUUGUUUUUGAAGUGGUGGCGAGAUUAAACCCGUUUAUACAAGUAUGAUCGAUUGAAGUGAAAUUUUUAUGCUUUUCGUUAAAUUGAGCAUGCCUACUUGAAAUUUAAUUGAUUGUCUUGAUGAUUUGAAAGUGAUUGGUGAAUUAUGAUUUUUCUAUUAACUUCAGCCUGUUUUGUCUUCGAUGUGGUCAUGUUAUUAGUGACCCUGCUAGUGGGGGUUAAAUGCUAGCACAUGUCGACAUGUUAGUGAUAAAGCCGGUUCGUACAAGUGACCCUGCUAGUGGGGAUUAUACACUAGUAAAUCGUGUGCCUGCCAGUGGGAGGUUUAUAACACUGGACGUGACCUGUAGAGGAGACGUCUAUUUCGUUCCCGUACUGUAUCCGUUUUUCGUGAUUGCACAUGUUGGCAUACUAUAAGUUUAAUAUGGGGCACUCCAUAUUUUACUUACAGAGUUUAUCUCAUAAUUUUUCCUUGUCCACCAUUUCAGGAAACGAAAUCGAGGACGGGGAAACCACGGGAAGUGACGAGUUAGAAGGCUAGCCAUUUCGAGAUUGAUAUAGAUUCUAGAAAUAAAUCAUUAUCUUGUAA